AUGGCAGAAACACAAUUCGAAGAACGACCGCAGGAACUCCAUUCGAAAUACUUCGUCGACUCGCGUACCCCCUUCUCCGCAGAAACUUUAAAACCCUCAAAGCUACACGACGCAAAACUACAAAGCUUUGCAGAAAAACAAAAAUCACUCUCUCUAAGCCCUCAAAUCAAAUUCACCAAACCCGUUCCCCAGACUCCGGAAGAGAAAAUGGAUGAGGUUGAAGUUGAUACUACAAUACCAGACGUCGAGAGUUUACUCCUCGAUCCAUUGGCUGAUGAGAAUGUGGUUGCGAAUCACAGGAAACUGACGGAAGAAGAAAAGAGAGCAAAGCUUCGAAAGAUUUUCUCUUCUUCUUGCAGUAAUGGUAAUUUGGAGAAAGUGGUUAGCAUGCUGAAGAAUGUAAGGAGUUAUAUCGAUAUAAAUGCCCAGGAUGAGGAUGGGAUCACACCCUUGAUAUACGCUGCUUGCUUUGGUCAUGGGAAGAUUGCUGAGACGCUUUUGGAGGCUGGUUCGAAAGUGGACAUUAAGGAUAAGAGUAAGUAUCAGAAAGAGAAGGAGAAGCGAGGUUUUGUCGACGGGUGGACGCCUUUAAUGUGGGCGACCAACAACAACCACUCAGCCGUAGUAACUCUUCUACUCGAUCAUGGCGCCGACGCAGGAACGAAAUCGACUAAAGGCCACACCGUCUUUGACUUUGUCCCACCAGAUAACCACAAGAUUGCAGAAAUUUUUAUCCAUAACCCGCAGCGCGACAUCGUUUUCAACAUUCAGCCGAGCAGAUCAAAGAAGCUGAGACCAGUGCCGGCAAAUGUGAUUUUCCUUAGUGCAAGGUUUGCCCAUUAUUUCAGUAGUCAGGAGAUGUUGGAGACUUUAUUAGAUGAUGUUGUCGAUGCUAUUGAGGCAGUUGUCAAGGCACGACCUGACGACAUGAGUCUCCAAUCCUUCUGGAUUUCAAAUUGCACUCUCCUCCUCUAUUAUCUCAAGAAAGAUAAAGGCCUUGCUAUCGCUACCUACAAAAACCAAAGUCGCAUCUCCAACCUCUUACAAGAAAUUUACUUUUUAUUAAUCCGUGAUGCUGAACGUCGAUUGGAAAGAAUACUCGAACCAGCCAUGAUCGAAUUUGAAACUAUUCCUCUGGGAGACGUCCGAUUCGAGGGUGAAUGGAGAAUUCUCAGAAGUUUGACUAGAAGAUCGAUGGCCCCUCCGACUUCUGAUUACUCAACAAAGCUAAAGAGGACAAGCUCGACAAGCAGAAUAUCAUCACUUCGAAAUUCCACGUCAUCGCGGCGAGCAGCUCCUCCCUCACCAACGAACAUUACGUCUUUGUUAUCAGCUACCAUGCUCAUUAUGCAAGCUUACGACAUUCAUCCGACUAUCAUUGAACAAGUGUUUUCGCAGCUAUAUUAUUAUAUUACUUGCGAAAUAUUCAACAGGAUUCUUGCAAAGAAGAAGUACAUAUGUCGCUCACGAGCGAUGCAAGUUCGAUUAAACAUUUCAGUUUUGGAAGACUGGGUCCGAACGAAUAAUCUCCCAGCUAGCACUACAACCCACUUCCAACCACUCAUACAGCUACUACAACUUCUUCAAUGCUGGUCGCAGAUGUCAGACUUUAUCGUAAUGGUUUCAACGACAAAUGAACUCAAGAUGAUCAAUCCCGCUCAGCUGAAACGAGUACUAAAGAAUUACAGAUAUGAAGUCAAGGAACCAAGACUGCCGGAGGAGUGCCAACAAUAUAUUCUCCAAUUGGAGGAAGAUACCGAACGACGACGAAAGCGGUAUUCGAUGGAUAGUAUGAGAAGCAAUCGCAGCGAUUCUAGCAGCAUCAUAUAUUUAUCGACUACAACUCCAGCAUCAGCUAAUGGCGCAGCUACUACUUGGGACGAAGAUGAGGAAUUUGGCGAACAGAAAGAUAGUGAAGCUUUAUUAGCGCUCUCACUGCCCACCAGCGCAGAAAUGCUUUCCAACUUUGGAGGAAAAGAGAAAGAGAAUGAAUUUAUACCAGUCAUCUCAGAUGAGUGGAUGGAAAAGUUAGAUAUGGGGAUGAGAAUUGGGACAGGAAGUAUCGUAGAGCAAUUGACUUCACAAUGGGAGGCAGAGUAUAAUUUCGAAGAUGACGAAGAGGAUGACGAGAUGUUUAAUUCUGAACAUACCAUAACAGUUGAAGCAAUUUAA